AUGGAGUCGCUUGCUAGCCCGUCUCCGUUUGCGGGGCUUGCAGAUGUGGAGAUGGUUAUGGGGCUCGGGGAUGGUGAUGGUAUUGGAAACAGUAAGGUUGGUAAGAAGGACGGAAAGGGUAAGGUUGUCAGAGUCGAAGCUAAGGGAUUCAUUCUUGUGCAGAGCCGCCAAAGUUCGAUCUGGAGUCCUAUAUCAGCAAUUAUAAAGAUGGGCAAUGAGGACCUGGGCCACCACUACCAUCUCAUCGGGGACCUGCCAUCCGCCUCCAAAGCCUACUCUCGAAUGAGAGAAUACUGCACCACCACGUCCCAUAUCGGUUCUAUGCUUUUCAGGAACAUCCACGUCGCCAUCGACCGCGGUGACUGGCUGGGCGUCCAAUCCAACGUGCAACGUCUGCGCAAUCUUCAAUUCAAACCCGAAGACGAGGCCAAAAACAAAGCCAAGAUGUUCGCCGCGCUCGGCCUUUCCCAGCUUGCCUCAUCCGCCUACCACUCAGCGGCGAUAAACUUCCUGUCCACGGACCCGAUCCUAGCGGACAACUACAAAGAAGUAAUCUCGGCCAACGACAUUGCAGUCUACGGUGGUCUCUGUGCCCUUGCCUCCAUGGACCGUGCUGACCUCCAGACCCACGUCUUGCAAAACAAAUCCUUCCGCAACUUCCUGGAACUGGAGCCCCAUAUCCGCCGCGCCAUCUCUUUCUUCUGCGCGUCGAAAUUCCGUCCGUGUUUGGACAUCCUCGAGGCCUACCGUGCUGACUACCUCCUCGACAUUCAUCUCCAGAAGCACGUGCCUGUGCUCUACUCCCGCAUCCGCACCAAGGCCAUGCAGCAAUACAUCAUCCCUUACAGCCGCGUGAUGAUCGACACGAUGGUUAAAAUCUUCUCGCCAGACCAGGCUGCGCUAAUCAAGCGUGACGGAGGCACCAUAGACUUGCAGUCGCCGUUUAUCGUUGAGCUGAUCGAUUUGAUCCAGAAGGGCACGCUGGAUGCGCGCAUUGAUGUUGAGAAGGGCGUGCUUGUCACCAAGCAGACAAAUACGAGAGAGGAUGUGCAGGCGGCGGUGAUCCAAAACAUCAAGGAGUAUGUCAAUGCUGCCCACAUUCAGUUGUUGCGGAUGAAUAUUUUGCAUGCGGGCUUGGAGGUGCCCCCUGUGGGCGCUGAAGCGGAUGGUGGGCCUGCAGUUGAUGAUGGCUCAGCGAAGGAAUGA